GGCAUUGUGGUCCUCAGAAGUAGUAACGACUGUAGGCAGAUAGAGCAAUCACUGGCCUCUGAAAUCUGCUUCUUUUAUCACUUUUGAGAGUGGAAAUCAGGAGAAACCAACCAACUUUGUAAUGGGGAGUUCUUGUUUUCCCCAAUCUCCACUCUCUCAUUCUCUCUUUUCGUCUUCUUCUUCUUCAUCACUAUCUUCUUCCCAAUUUACACCUUUGCUUUUUCCCCCAAGAAAUGCGCAAAAUUGUAAAAAGAAAAGGUCAGCUAUGGCAUGUAUACACUCGGAGAAUCAAAAGGAAAGCGAUUUCUGCAGCAGAAGAACGAUUCUUUUCGUGGGGUUUUCAGUUCUUCCACUUCUCAACUUAAGGGCAACGGCUCUUGAAGGCUUGUCAGUAGAUUCUCAAGUAAAGGCACAGCCACAGAAAGAGGAGACAGAGCAAACAAUCCAAGGAAAUGCAGAGAAUCCCUUCUUUUCUCUACUUAAUGGACUUGGAGUGUUUGGUUCAGGCGUGCUUGGUUCUCUUUAUGCCUUGGCUCGAAACGAGAAGAACCUUUCUGAUGCAACCAUUGAAUCUAUGAAAAAUAAGCUGAAGGAGAAAGAAGCUGCAUUUGUUUCAAUGGAGAAGAAAUUUGAGUCUGAGCUGCUGAACGAAAGAGAAGUUCGAAAUAAUCAACUUAAGAGAGCAGGCGAAGAAAAGCGAGCUCUGGUUAACCAAUUGAAUUCAGCAAAGAGUACAGUAACUAACCUUGGUCAGGAGCUGCAAAAAGAAAGAAGAUUUACUGAAGAGCUCAAAGUUAAGAUCGAGGGCCUUCAAAAUGACCUAAUGCAGACGAAGGAGGAUAAGAAGAAAUUGCAGGAGGAGCUUAAAGAGAAGCUUGAUUUGAUACAAGUUCUGCAAGAAAAGAUAACUCUGCUUACUACAGAGAUCAAAGAUAAAGAGGCGAGUCUUCAGAAUACCACCUCUAAACUAGCUGAAAAAGAAUCAGAGGCAGAUAAACUGAGCACAAUGUAUCAGGAAUCUCAGGAUCAGCUGAUGAAUUUGACUUCAGAAAUCAAAGAACUUAAAGACGAAGUCCAGAAAAGAGAGAGAGAACUGGAGUUGAAACGUGAAUCAGAAGACAACCUGAAUGUGCAAUUAAAUUCUUUGCUCGUUGAGAGAGAUGAAUCUAAAAAAGAGCUUGAUGCUAUUCAAAAGGAAUACAGCGAAUUCAAGUCUAUUUCAGAGAAGAAAGUGGCUUCAGAUGCCAAGCUGUUGGGGGAACAAGAAAAGAGACUACACCAGGUCGAGGAACAACUUGGCGCUGCCUCAGAUGAAGUACGCAAAAAUAAAGUGCUAAUUGCUGAUCUGACUCAAGAAAAAGAAAACCUAAGGAGAAUGCUGGACGCUGAGCUGGAAAACAUAAGCAAGUUGAAGCUAGAGGUCCAGGUCACUCAGGAAACUCUUAAGAAAUCAAGAAGUGAAGCUUCUGAUAUGGCAGAACAACUACAGCUGUCGAGGCAUCUUUGCUCUAAGCUUGAAGCUGAGGUUUCUAAACUUCAGAUGGGAUUGGAGGAAACAAGGACAUCGUUACAGAGGAACAUUGUCGAGACAAAACGUGGUGCAGAGCUCUUAGCUGCGGAGCUGACCGCUACUAGGGAGCUUCUAAAGAAAACAAAUGAAGAAAUGCACACUAUGUCCAAUGAACUAGCGGCUGUUACUGAAAAUCGUGAUAACUUACAGACGGAGCUAGUUGAUGUCUACAAGAAAGCAGAACGUGCUGCUGAUGAACUGAAACAAGAAAAGAAUAUCGUCGUGACACUGGAGAAAGAGCUAACAUUUUUGGAGGCUCAAAUUGCAAGAGAGAAAGAGUCACGGAAGAAUCUGGAAGAAGAGUUGGAAAGGGCUACAGAAUCACUUGAUGAGAUGAACCGAAAUGCUUUUGCACUUGCAAAGGAGCUUGAGCUUGCUAAUUCUCGUAUUUCCAGCAUCGAAGACGAUAGAGAAGUGCUCCAAAAGUCUGUUUCUGAGCAAAAGCAAAUUUCUCAAGAAGCCCGAGAAAACCUUGAAGAUGCCCAUAGCCUGGUGAUGAAACUUGGCAAGGAACGCGAGAGUCUGGAGAAGAGAGCAAAGAAAUUGGAAGAUGAAAUGGCAUCAGCAAAAGGUGAGAUUUUGCGGUUGCGGACCCAAGUAAAUUCAGUAAAAGCUCCUGUUAACAAAGAGGAAAAAGUUGAAGCUGGGGAAAAGGCAACAGUAACAGUGAAGAGAACAACCAGGAGGAGGAAGACUGCUAGUCAGCCGGCUUCUCAGCAAGAAAGCUCAUAGUUUGCUGUUUCUAAAGUGACAUAUCUUUCCUUUUUGUCCUUGACUCAAAUUGAUUGCGACGAGAAUAGAUUAAUGGUGUAUUAUAGAGAAGCCAGAAUUAGGAUAUUGCCUUUGAAAGAAACUUCCUGCAAGCUGUAUUCUCAGUGAGUGUAUAUUUCCAGUCUAGAAGUUGCACAAACAAUUUAUGCAGUGUGUGUGUGAUCUCUGGAUAUCAUCCAGUCUGCUGCAACUUGUUGCAAAUAAGAAAUUUGGAAUGGAUUGCAUGAUAUCCAUGAAUAAGAAAUUUGAAAUGUGUAAA